ACGCGCGUACGCAAGCUUCGUUAGACAUUGAUAGAGAUUGCGAACACAUGACAGACUGUCAUAUACAUUGUUCUCGUGACGUGAAUGUGAUGUGUUUUUGAAUUAAAACCACAAUGUAAAUUAAUGUUGAUUAACAAUUGUGUUCAAUAUUGAGUGAUAAAUCGAAUACGAUAUUAGGAAAAGUUUUCAAGGACAUUUAUUGAGUUUUUUUUUUUAAAUAAAAAAUAUGGACGAGUUAAAUCAAGUGCAGGCGCAUAAUUUGCUUGGCCUGAAAACUCAGACACCGAAGAGGAAAGACACUGCCCUAACACGAACACUACGAUCAUGUUGCAUCAUACCACAGCGUUAUAUUCUAGGAGUGAUGGGACUCCUAGGUGUAUGCAAUGCCUAUACAAUGAGAGUUUGUCUUAAUUUAGCCAUAACACAGAUGGUCAAUAGAACGAAAAAUGGAAUGGAACACUUUGAUCCAAAUGCCUGUCCUAGUGACGAAGAAGUUGGCGGAAAUGCAACAACUAUUCUACGACCAUACGCAACAUUUGACUGGGAUGAGAAAACACAAGGACUUAUCCUGAGUGGGUUCUACUAUGGCUACGCCGCUACUCAAGUACCCGGUGGUUAUUUGGCAGAAAAAUUUGGAGGUAAAUGGACCUUGGGAAUUGGUCUACUUAGCACUGCCCUCUUCACAUUCCUAACGCCAAUCGUCAUUAGGGCAGGGGGUGCCACUUGGCUCUUCAUUCUACGUGUUCUGCAAGGAAUGGGAGAGGGUCCAACGAUGCCGGCUCUCAUGAUAAUGUUGGCAAGGUGGGUGCCACCACACGAAAGAUCUUUUCAAGGGGCGUUAGUGUUUGGAGGAGCUCAAAUAGGAAAUAUUUUCGGCUCUUUUAUGUCUGGCGUUUUAUUAUCUGAUGGUAGAGACUGGGCGUAUGUAUUUUAUUUCUUUGGUGGGUUCGGCCUUCUAUGGUUUACAUUGUGGAGUCUCCUGUGCUACAGUACACCAAACACCCAUCCCUAUAUAUCAAAGAAGGAACUGAAUUAUUUAAAUAAAAACGUCACGACAGCAGAAAAUAUUACAACAAAGGAUCCUGUACCUUGGAAAGGAAUAUUACGAUCAGCUUCAGUAUGGGCGCUCGUAUGGGCCGCUGUUGGCCACGACUGGGGAUACUACACAAUGGUGACAGAUUUACCGAAGUACUCUCAUGAUGUGCUCAAAUUCAAUAUUGCAACAACAGGAACCCUUACUGCGUUACCUUAUAUAGCUAUGUGGGUUUCCUCUUUCGUAUUUGGCUUCGUUUGUGAUUUUUGUAUCAAGAAAGGCUGGCAUACGAUUAAAACUGGAAGAAUCAUUCACACUACUAUAGCCGCGACUGGACCCGCAAUUUGUAUUAUUCUAGCAUCCUACGCCGGAUGUGACCGUGUCGCUGCAAUGGUUUAUUUCAUUCUCUCUAUGGCUCUCAUGGGAGGAUUUUACAGUGGAAUGAAGGUGAACGCGUUGGAUCUCGCGCCGAAUUAUGCCGGUUCGCUCACAUCGCUCGUCAAUACAACAUCUACCUUCGCGGGAAUUGUGACACCGUACCUUAUUGGGUUAUUGACACCUGACUCAACUCUGGUACAAUGGCGCGUGGCAUUCUGGGUGUGCUUUGCGGUGCUAGUGGGAACCAACGUGGUUUACUGUAUCUGGGCAGACGGUGAACAACAAUGGUGGGAUGAUGUUCGCAAAUUCGGUUACCCACCAGGCUGGAAACAUGGACCCCUCAUACCUGACGAGCCGGAACAACCCGAGUCAGUCAGAUUAUCUAGUAAAAAGGCAUCAGACGACGCGUUUUAGACUUAAAUAUUUACUAUAUAAAACACGUGACAUAUCAUAGUUACUUAAUUAUCAAAUAUUUUUAAGUACAACCAUCCGAAGAUGCUUCUCGUGUACGUUAUUCACUUAUUUCAUUUGUUUUUCUGAAGAUGGUAGGAUCUAAGAAAUUCUACACUUCAAAAUUUUGGGAAUAAAAAAAUUACGUCAAAUUAAUUUUGUCGACAAUACCACCGAUGCUUUGAAUAAAGAGUUAUUUUUUUAUAUAUUUAAACAAUGAGCUGAUACAUAUAAAAGCAGUACAAAUAUCAAUUAAGGUUAAAUAGUAUUUGCUAGUCAGGAUUUCAUUGAUGACAGUAAAGUGUUAAAACAUUACGACCGGUUUUUGACAAAUCAAACAGUAUCACAUUGUAUUAACGCUGAUCAACAUUUUUAAGGCUACGUAUUAUAAUCGUACAGUCAUUUAAAUCUUAUACUUUUUUAGCUUAGUUUUACAAUAUUCGAUUGACAAUACAUUAGGCAAUGAUACUCCAAGACAUAUUUAAUAUCUGAUAGGGAAUAUAAUUUAAAUAAAUAAAUAAAAUAACAUAAAUUUGCAUUUCUUUUCCAAUCCCAAUAUAUAAUACUAAUCAUAGUUCUUUUUUUUAAUUAGAUUAAUCAAGAGUCAAUAUAUUUAAUGUCAGAAAUUCUAAAAAUAUAUGUAUAAAUAUUAAUUGUAUAUAAUUUAUGGAAAUAUAAUUUAGUUACUACCUAAUCUGUAUCGAAAUAUAUUUUGGAUUUAAUCAAUAAUUAAUUUGUAUUUUUAAGUUAAAUGGCCUUUCAAAAACCGGUUACAUGUCCAAGGUAUAAUGUCUUAAAUACUCCUGGUGUAAUGUAGAUAAUAUCUGAAUAAUUAUGUACAUAAUAUUAAAGUGAGAGAGAAUUUUAAAAAAUAAAAUA